AUGCCUCCUGGAACCUCGAAUCUCAAGGCACGACUUGCUGCGUUGACCCAGGCUCACUCUUUACCCUCGAGUUACAACAACCAGGAACCACCAAGUUCACCGCGGUCCUCAAAUUCCAGUUCAUUUGCAGCGAAACGGAAGAGUAUGUUCGUGCCACCAUGGAAGAAGAACCACCAGGAACCACAGGCGAACGGCAACAUUAGCCACGCCGAUCUCGAAGCUGUUCAGGAGGUACUGUCGAAGAUGAUAUUCCAAGCUGGAGUGGAUUAUGAGACACGGCCUAUGGUUGUCCUCAACGCUUCCGCACUUCCUGAUCCCCAAGCCGUUUCCUACGACCUCCUUCUUUCGCGGAUUUUGGCAUACUUAAACCUUUACGUCGAAGCAGAUUACACGGUCGUGUUUUUCGCUGCUGGCAACAGGCAUUCCCCAGGAUGGAAUUGGAUCUGGAAGGCUUAUCGUAGCCUGAGUAGAAAGUACAGGAAGAACUUGAAGCAGCUGUACAUCGUGCACUCGUCAUUCUUUUCGAAGAUGCUUUUCUCUCUCGCUGGAGCAAUCAUUAGCCCCAAAUUCUUCCGCAAGAUUGAAUACGUCUCCACACUCUCGGAACUCGCCCACUACGUUCCACUGACGCAAAUCGACAUCCCACCAGCUGUCUACCAAGAGAACCUGAAGUAUGAGCACAAGAUUACGCUCCCCGUUCCAACACGCUCCAGUACAUUCGGCGUUCCUCUGGAAGAUAUUAUGGGAUAUGAUGGUGAGAAGGGAGGCAUUCCUCGUGUGGUCAAGGAUUGUAUCCAAUACCUAAGGGAGUCUGGUAUGAUGGAUGAAGGAUUGUUCAGGCGAUCACCGUCAUCUGCAAUGCUUCGAGCCGCUCAGGAUGCUUAUGACCGAGGCAACGUCGUUUCUUUACAUACCUUCGGCGAUCCUUAUUUGGCCGCGGUCCUGCUCAAGAAGUACCUUCGCGACCUUCCCGAACCUCUGUUCCCUGAAGAGAUGUAUCCCAUUAUCCGAAAAUGCCCACCCCCGAAUGAGGAUCCAAACGACAUGGCUGCGGUCACCUAUAUCCGUGAAACUCUCCUCCCCCUUCUGCCCCCUUGUGCCUAUAUUCUUCUUAGCCAUAUCCUCCAACUCCUACAUGAAGUCUCCCUUCGAGCAGCCUACAACCGCAUGAAUGAAUACAACCUCGCCAUUGUUCUCUGCCCCAACUUGGUGAAGGGCACCAACCCUGCACGCGACGUCUUCAUCUGCGCUGUCCCUGGCGCACCCUCUGUCAAUGGCCCUGCUCCUGCUCCACCUCCAUCAACCGCUUCUCUCGAAGGCAAGACCACCCUCGGCAGCAUCAUCACUCUCUGUAUCCGACGGUACUAUGAGAUCUUCGACGACGUGCCAGACCGGACGGAAGUUGCACAGUCGGCUCCUCAAUCGGCUUUGUACACCCCUUCGCCAUACGAUGAUUCACCCAAUGGUCUCCCUCCGUCUCCAUACGUGAUCCACGAUGAUGAUGAAGAAUUGGAAGAGGAUGACCACGAUGGACCUGCGCCGCCGAGCGCAUGGGGUGCCGGUGGUGCUGCCGUUAUGGCCUCUGGUGCCUUUGCGAAACGGCACAGGAGUACGUUAUCGGGUAGCUCAACAUCUGGCAUCGCCUCCGCCAGUAUGCGAAACGUGGGUGAAACGUCCAGUGCGACCUUCGCUCCUACCAGCCCUGGUGGUGGUAGCGGGCCUGGAUCGCCUGGGACACCACCGACGGCGUACUCGACUGUCGGCAGGGCCAAGUCGAUGAUUAAUAUUGAAAAGGGAUCUGGGUUACCCGGGCAUAAGAAGGGUGCGAUAUCGAUUGGGAGGACUGGUGGUACGAAGAAGAAGGCGAGUGCGAGUGGGGUGGAGGCGAUGGGGAUUACUGCUGCUGGGUUCUUUUCGCCCCCGAAGGAUGCGCCGCCGAUGCCUUCGUCUCCACCGGCUAGUGGUGCGAAACAGGGCGAUGCUGAAGAUUCGUAAAGGAGCUGUAGGGGUU